UAAAACCGAAGAAGAAGAAGUUCGUCUCCGCGCCGCGCGUGUCGCUGUGACGCAUCAGCAAGUCCUCGUGAGGGGAAGUGCGUCAGCGGUCCGUGUGACCAGAGGACUCAGAGCUCAUGAUGGCGUUCAGGCUCCUGGUUCGGAGGGUUUGUGGUGUUUCAGUCAGAGGUUUGCAGCGUGUGCCGCCCGGCGUCUCGUGCUCCUCUGGUCUGAAUGCGCCGCAGCCGUUCCUCUCGUUCCCGCGCCUCCUCCCUCUGUCCUCCUGCAGGAGCGUGUCCUUCAACGUGCAGGACCACGACGACUUCACCGAGAGAGUCAUCAACAGCCAGCUGCCCGUCCUCAUCGACUUCCACGCGCAGUGGUGCGGCCCCUGUAAAAUCCUCGGCCCGCGGCUGGAGAAGGCCAUCGCCAAACAGAAGGGUCGAGUCACUAUGGCUAAAGUGGACAUCGAUGAACACACAGACCUCGCCAUCGAGUACGGGGUGUCAGCAGUUCCCACGGUGAUCGCCAUGCGCGGCGGUGAUGUCAUUGACCAGUUCGUGGGCAUCAAAGACGAAGACCAGCUGGAUUCUUUUGUGGAGAAGCUGAUUGGAUAGUGAAGCUGUCAGUCACUGCCCCCUCUAGCCCCGCCCACCUCCCGCUGGAAAUUCCAUCACAUUUAAUUACAGACUCAGACAACUGCUUCCUGGAACGUCUUUGCUUCUCCAUCUCUCCCGCUUUCCUGAACUGUGUGUGUGUGUUGCUAUGUGUUUUUAGAGGUUUUGUGGCAGUGCAUCAUGUUUUUACAGUGGUAUAAAUGUAGUAAAGUGUUCUGGGACAUCCUGUAGCUGCUGUACUUUGCUUUGGAUGAUAACUGAAGGACGCAGAUCCUCGUACGCUCCCUCUCGCUCCUACUAAUG